UUGGCUCGUGGGUCGCCCACGGCCGGAUGCCCGGCGUCCGUACCUUCCUCGGCCUUCUAGCGGCCCUGGCAGCCUGCGGCGUCGUCGCCUUCCUUGGCUACUGUGUAUAUUUCGACCGGAAGCGGCGCGGCGACCCCGCUUUCAAGCGAAGCCUACGGGACAAAAGAAGAGCCGAACAGCCAAAGGCUAAGGAACGGGGUGCCCAGUUGUGGGAUCCAGCAAAUGAAAAAUUGCAAGAACUUCUGCAUGAGGUACAGAUGGGAGAACUUUGGUUAUCUAGAGGAGAGCAUAGAAUGGGGGUUGAACAUCUCAGCAAUGCUCUUUUACUGUGUGGGCAACCACAGGAACUUCUGAAGGUUUUCAAAGUCACACUCCCUCCCAAGGUAUUUGAGAUGCUGUUGCACAAAAUUCCCCUUAUUUGUCAGCAAUUUGAGGCAGACAUGAAUGAACAGGAAUACUUGGAGGAUGAUCCUGACUGAAAAACAUUUCAGCGUAUCCACAGUCCAGUCAGAAUACUAUGGUACCAUAUAGUAUAAACAACUGCUUAGUGAUACUUCCAUUUAUUUUACUUUUAGUAAUAAAAUUUUUUUUCUAUCUCAU